UGCAGUGUCCAAACUGUCCGAAAACAUUCGCGUUGCCAGCGAGAUUGACCAUUCACAGCAUUAUUCAUACGGACAAACAUGCCUGUGUAAUAUGCGGUGCACGUCAUUCCGGAAAAAAGAAGCUUCAGUACCACAUGGAUCUCAAGCACCCGGACGGUCGCGUGUAUACCUGUUCCGAUUGUCCGAGAACAUUUACCAGUUCACACCAGCUUAAUAGACACGUUUCCGUUCACACCAAAGGACUGCAGUUCAAGUGUGAAUUCUGCACGAAAUCGUUCUUGCGAAAGUGUCAACUGGUAGUUCAUAGACGAACUCACACAGGAGAAAGGCCACAUCAAUGCGAUAAAUGUUUGAAGCGUUUCAAAGACGGCGGAACUUUUAGCAAGCAUAAGAAAAAAUGUAAAGCGCUUGAAAGCACAGUUGUGGAGCCGGAAUAUCUAGCAGAAGAGUCUUCUUAAUUAAUUUUAAUUGCAAAAUAGAGGUAGGUGUAAAAUCAAUCUUGUAUCAGAGCUCAGCGAACACGUCCGCACCGCACGACUGUCUACUCUAGAAUAAAACCGCGUGGUACUAUCUGUACUAUUUGCUGCCGAACCGAACACCUACAAC